AUGGCGCGGCGAGGGGUCUCCGCCGAAGAAGCCCGGCGGCCGAGGAGGAGCGCGGCCUCAUCGAGUUCAGGCAGCGAUGACGAGUUUGAAAACUUUUUAUCCAGAAUGAAGACCCCCAGACCUGCAACAUGCUGCGUUCCAAGGACACAGAGCAGAUUGGACGAUUCCAAGGAUGAUUUCUUCAUGUACCUCACAAGCAAAUAUGGAUCUGGCAAAAAAGGGCCGCGGUCUGCUCAGGCACAAGAGGUGCCUGGGGCACCUGAAAAGGGGGCUGCUCCCUCUGCCUCGUUUCUGCCUCCCCUUGUGUUCAGUGAGACCGACAGCGAUGACGACGACGACUCCGUCUUUGCCAAAGGCACCCCAGGGAGCCCCCAGCAGCCCAGACGAGCGCGCCAGGCCCCAAAGUGGACCUGGAGGAGCUUGCAACGCCCUGCCGCUCGCAGGGGCAGCCCCGACUCUCCCUUGCGCGAGGGGGAAAGGAGUUGCUGCACGGAUCAGUCUGGAGGCACCGCCCAGAGCCAGGAGGCGAGAGCAAGCACUGUGCUGGGAUCCGACACCUCCGACGAGGAGAUGGACAGCCUCCUGGUGCGCCUGAAGCAGAAGAUGGUCCUUUCUGCAAGGAAGGCAGCAGCGGCAGACCCCAGGGGCACCGCCGAGAGAAGAAGCGUCCUGCCUCCCCUUGGAAGCGCCCGCCCAGCUGUGAAGAGCGAGAGCGCCCUUCCCCCGCAGCCCAGAUCGCCUCUUCCGGCCACGCCGAUCUCUGUGCGAGCUCCGAAGAGCAGGGUGCUCGGUGACAUCACCCCGUCCCACCAGACACAGAUGAGGAGUUCCUGCCAGGUGCAGGGCUGCUUCUUGCAAGAGCUGUCCGACCCAGAAUCCCAGCACUCUAAGCAUUUCCGGAGAAGGAAGGGGGAGCUGGCCCAGAGCCUCUAUGAUUUCUACAACCGUUCCGUGUUUGAGCAAAAGUUGCCAGAGAAUAUGGAGAUUGUCUGGAACAAAAAGAUACGGAAAACUGCCGGGUGCUGCGUGAGUGGCCAGCUGAAGGGCCCUGAGGGGCAGCGCUAUGCCCGGAUAAUGCUGUCGGAGAAAGUCUGUGACUCUGCAGGCAAGUGGGGGGAAGGGGUCUUCCUGGGGUCCUGAGGCUCUGCUGAGUUGCUGCAAAGCUAAUUCUGCAUUUGGAUGGCAGUGCACAGAUUCAGAAAGGAGCUUUGAGGUUGAAGAAGUAGAGGGGAGACUGGUGGUAUUAUUUUUAUUUCCUUGCAUCCAAAUCCCACCUUUCUUCCA